AAUGAAUGUUCUACUCAAGAGUGUAAAAUAAUUAAGUUCCCGUCCUUCAUUUUAUUAUUGGCUAUCAGCUCAUCCAACUACUAAAAGCAUAUCCUAAUUAAGUCCAAGAUAAUUAUUAGACACAGCUUUAAUUAAAAGAAUUUGUCAAAAACAAAUUCCAAAACAUACUAUAAUGAGUCAAUUUUGUCUUUGGCAUGGCAAAUAACCAAAAUCAGGAAAUUAGACUUGUUUUUCAGAAAAAAAGUGAGCAUAUUUAUUCAUUAAUAGAACUCGCCGAUCCUGGAUGCCCAAUGUUCAAAAAUAAACAUAUGAAUCUUUAAUAUUAGGUAGAAGAAUUCAUGUUAAAGUAACAACAAAGACAAUGAAAUGUAUUAGAAAAGCUGGUAGUUUCGAUAAUUAUAUUUUAUUGACUAAACCUUAAGAUUUAGAUUCUAUUUAUGGUGAAUAUUUAAGAAAAUUGAUGCUCACUAAAAUUAAUGAUCCUUCUUAUGAAGUUUACUUAUUUACUAAAAAUUUAGAUCCCUCAUGUUUUAAAAGCUAAACCUCACAACUUUUCAAGAAGAGCACAAAGGUUUAGCAGAAGACCUGCAGUUGUAUGGCAUCCACCUGAAAUUAGACAUAAAGAUUUAACAUUCUUGAAAAUAAGAACACCUAAUGAAAUGAAUCCUGAAGAAUUGAGAAAAUUAAGAGAAUAUGAUUCUUUGAAAGAUAAGGUAUAUGUAUUUAAAUUUCUUAGUUUGAAGAUACUAAUGAUGUUAUGCAUCCUGUUUUGAAUGAUAAAUUCUUUUAAGAUGAAAAAGAAUGGCCAGAAUUUGCCAAAGUUGAAGGAGAAAAAGCUUUGGCUGAAUUCUUAAAGAAAAAAGAUAAAGAAAAAAUUAGACUUACAUUAAAAGCAGUUGAAGAAGGAUAAAGAGAAGUAGAUAAAGCAUUAGGGAAUAUUUGAUU